CUAAAUUAAGGCGGAAAUACGCUGCUUCAUUAGUCGGCUUUUCAGAACAACUUCUAACUUGGAGCCGUGUUAAUUUUGCUCACAUACCGUAUCUGUUAACGCUUGUAAAAAGACUUGAGUUCUUAAGGUUGCAUCAUUUUUAAAAUUAAAAUGGCUGGUGGAAUGGAUAGAGCUAAAGCCCUUCCUAAAAUUGCAGAUGAAGAAAGAGAAUCACGGUUUGGUUAUGUUUAUGGUGUGUCAGGGCCUGUUGUUAUUGCUAAUAAUAUGAGUGGAUCUGCUAUGUAUGAACUGGUACGUGUGGGAUAUAAUGAAUUGGUUGGUGAAAUUAUUCGACUUGAAAAUGAUAUGGCAACUAUUCAAGUAUAUGAAGAAACCUCUGGUGUAACAGUAGGAGAUCCUGUUUUACGAACAGGAAAACCAUUGUCUGUUGAGUUAGGACCUGGCAUUAUGGGUAGUAUUUUUGAUGGUAUUCAACGUCCAUUAAAAGAUAUUAGUGAUUUAACACAGUCUAUUUAUAUUCCUCGUGGUGUCAAUACCAAAUGUUUGAGUAGAUCCAUACAAUGGCCAUUUACUCCAGCAAAUAUAAAGAUUGGAAGUCAUAUAACUGGUGGAGAUAUAUAUGGUAGUGUAGUAGAAAAUACAUUAAUUUCCUCACACAAGAUUAUGCUUGCUCCUAAAGAACGUGGAACAGUUAGAUAUAUUGCUCCUGCAGGAAACUAUUCUGUAGAAGAUGUUAUUUUGGAAACAGAAUUUGAAGGUGAAAUCACAAAACACACAAUGCUUCAGGUAUGGCCUGUUCGUAACAUUCGUCCCGUUGCAGAUAAAUUAUCUGCUAACCAUCCUCUUUUAACUGGUCAACGUGUCUUAGAUGCUCUUUUUCCAUGCGUUCAAGGUGGAACAACCUGCAUACCUGGUGCUUUUGGUUGUGGAAAGACAGUAAUUUCACAAGCUCUUUCUAAAUAUUCUAACUCCGAUGUUAUUGUGUAUGUUGGUUGUGGUGAGCGAGGAAAUGAAAUGUCAGAAGUAUUGCAGGAGUUUCCAGAGUUAACAGUUGAAAUUAAUGGUGUUACUGAAUCUAUAAUGAAAAGAACAACACUUGUCGCAAAUACAUCAAACAUGCCUGUUGCUGCUCGUGAGGCAUCUAUCUACACAGGUAUUACUCUAUCAGAAUAUUUCAGAGAUAUGGGUUAUCAUGUCAGUAUGAUGGCUGAUUCAACUUCACGAUGGGCAGAAGCCUUGCGUGAAAUUUCAGGACGUCUUGCUGAAAUGCCUGCAGACAGUGGAUAUCCGGCCUACCUUGGUGCACGAUUAGCUUCAUUUUAUGAAAGAGCUGGUCGAGUUAAAUGUCUAGGAAAUCCUGAGCGAGAUGGCAGUGUCAGUAUUGUUGGAGCAGUAUCUCCUCCUGGUGGUGAUUUUGCUGACCCUGUCACAUCUGCCACUCUUGGUAUCGUACAGGUAUUUUGGGGUCUUGAUAAAAAAUUAGCUCAACGUAAACACUUCCCUUCAGUCAAUUGGUUAAUCAGUUACAGUAAAUACAUGAGGGCUUUAGAUGAGUUCUAUGAAAAAAAUCACCCCGACUUUCCUCCUCUUCGAACAAAGAUUAAAGAAAUUCUCCAGGAAGAAGAAGAUUUAUCAGAAAUAGUUCAACUUGUCGGAAAGAGUUCACUGGCUGAAUCAGAUAAAAUUACACUUGAAGUUGCUAAGCUAGUAAAGGAUGAUUUUCUACAGCAGAACGGGUAUACUCCAUAUGAUCGUUAUUGUCCUUUCUAUAAAACUGUUGGCAUGCUAAGUAACAUAGUUGCAUUUUACGAUUUGGCAAGACAUUCUGUUGAAGCAACGGCUCAAUCUGAUAACAAAGUUACAUGGGCUACUAUAAGGGAACAAAUGGGAGAUAACAUAUUGUAUGAAUUAACCUCGAUGAAAUUUAAGGACCCUGUCAAAGAUGGAGAAAAAAAGAUAAAAGAGGAUUAUGCAGAUUUGCUUGACCGCAUGCAGACAGCAUUCCGAAAUUUAGAAGAAUUUUAAAUUAACAAUUUUAACAACAGCUGCUAUUGAAAUAAAAAUUUUUAAAAACUUUUUUUCUGAAGUUAAAAUUGAUUUUAUGAAACUUUCUGCAUUUUUUCUGUAGUUUUGAUACAUUUGA